AGGUUUUAAGCUUCGAGACCCCCAGCCCUUUUGAAAUCAUGGCGCUUAGGUUGAGCGGUCUUCGUGCUGCACGCAGGCUGAGGAGUUUGCAUUUUGUACCUGGUGGAUCCCAGAAGUUUCUUGACAAGGCACUGGCGUCACGUGCUGAUGCCUUGAUCAUUGACUUGGAGGAUUCUGUCCUGCCCGCUGAGAAACCUGCAGCACGGGCAGAUGUCGCCAGGUGGAUGAGCUCCAUCCAAUGGGGCCAGAAGACAGUGUGUGUACGGAUCAAUCCGUUGGAUACGUCGCUUUGGGAGGAAGACGUGGAACUCACCAUGAAGGCUGAGAAGCCUGACAUGUUGGUGGUCCCCAAAGUUUCUAGCCGUGACGAGCUGGAGAAGUUGGGCGAGAAACUCACGGAAAUGGAGCGGAAGUUGGGUAGAGAACUUGGGCGAACCACUUUGUUGCCCAUCGUCAGUGAGGUGCCCGAGGCACCCUUGCGUGCGAAUGAGAUAGCUCGACACCCACGGGUUGAAGCGAUCACCUGGGGUGCUGAAGACCUCUCAGCUGAGCUGGGCGCCAAGCGGCGUAGAGAUGGGGCAGGGGAAUACUUGGAGGUCUUUCAGCUUUGCCGCAGCCUCACGCUGUUGGCCGCGAAAGGCGCUAAGGUGCAAGCGAUUGAUGGUGUGUAUACCAGCCUCAAGGAUCUUGAUGGUUUGAGGGCAGAGAGUCAGAGGUCCGCUGACACUGGCUUUGACGGCAAGCUCACAAUACAUCCAGACCAAAUUGAUGUGGUGAAUGCCGCCUUCUCACCGACUAGCAAGGAGGUUGCAGAAGCACAGGAGCUCCUAGAAGCUGCCAAGGCGCAGCCAGGAGCUUUCCGGUUCAAGGGGCAGAUGGUCGACAUCCCCCACUUCAAGCAAGCCCAGCGCAUUUUAGACCGGGCCGACUUGGCUGGACCAUCAGCCCCCGCAAAGGAAGCACCGGUCGGGCCGAUUCACGGGAAGUGGCUUGAGGAGUUGACAGAAGGCUUGGUGAUUCCUCAUGCGCUCACUCGCACUGUCACCGAAACGGACAAUGUGAUGUUUACCACGAUGACGCUGAAUCCUGCAAAGCUUCAUUUGGACUACGAGUCUGCUAAGGAAACUCAGUUUGGAAAGCCCUUGGUCAACAGCAUGUUCACAGUGGCCUUGUUGGUAGGCAUGUCUGUGCUGGAGACGACACACGGCACAACGAUUGCCAACCUGGGCUUUGAAGAGGUUCUCUUUCCCCGACCAGUCUUCUUUGGCGACACUUUGCGAGCCGAAACCCAGGUGAUCAAAAACCGCCCCAGUGAAUCCAAUCCCUCUCGAGGAAUUGUAACUUUUGAACACCGAGCCUUCAAUCAGCAAGGCCAGCUCGUUUGCAAAGCCAGGCGUAACGCCAUGAUGCGAAAGCGGCCAUCCAAUCUUUAAAGGCUGAAGUUUCAGCUUUGGCUGCGCAUCACGUCGACCUCAGUGGUCUUCAUGUAAGACAUCAGUUAUCAUCAGUUAGUCUCCGGAAAGAACACGGAGAGAAA